GGUGUUUGUGCUGAAGAACUUGAGCUAAACAGCUGCUGCAAUCGCUUCUUCUCUCUAACUUGCACAGAAUGGAUAUGCAAGUGAAGCUAGCAGUGGUGGUGAUGGUGAUAGGCCGCACUAGUUCAAGAGGACAGGUGACUCAGGUCAGGGUCAAGUUCCUGGAUGACAAAAAUCAACUCAUCAUGUGGAAUAUGAAGGGACCCGUCAAGGAAGGCAACAUCCUCACCCUGCUCGAGUAUGAAAGGGAAGCAAGGAGGCUGUGCUGAGCAAGGUUCUCUUCCCCAACUCUUUGGCUUUGUUAGGUAUGUAUGUU